AUUUUAACUUGUAAUAUUGAUGUCGACGGUGUUGCUCCGAGCGCUGAAUGCGUCGAAUAAGUCGCUGCCGCAAUCAGCUUUGUCUUGGUUACAGCAAUGCAGCACCGUAGCCGCUGAAUUGGACAAUGGAUACAUUUUGUUGGACCACUAUGGCGAGAAGGGUGUACGCAAAUGUAUGGAAGAUGAGUGUGUCAUAAUUCCAUCUUUACGCAAGUUGAAUCCUAACAUUCCAGAGUCCUAUGACUUUUUGGUAUGUGCACUGUAUGACGGCCACGGUGGCCGUACUUGUGCUACCUUCGCUCGGGAUCACCUUGUUAACGAAAUUGUUCAGCAGCUAUUGCAGAACGUAGGGGAAGGUCCCGAGGAGUUUGCUGAGUGUAUAUUUAAGAAGUCUAUCAAUGCUGCAUGUCAGAGAUUAGACAGUCGUAUCGCACAUGAGUUAGUAGGUUGUAAUGACGGUUGCACGGCACUGUUGUUAUUCAUUGGUCGUCAAAAGGUCUUCGCACUUAACAUUGGCGACUCCGCUGCUUACAUUUGUCGAAAGGUAGACAAUGUUUUACAUGCUAUCCCUUUGAAUGAAAUCCACAAGGCAUGGAUUCCUAAAGAGAAGGAGCGUGUGACCCACUAUGGUGGCACUGUUGAGGGUGGUCGUGUAAACGGUGUAUUGGAGGUAACUCGUUCUUUUGGUGACCUAAGCCUAAAACGUUUUGGUAUUAAGUGCACUGGUUCAUUCCGCCAGGCAACUUUUGAUUUUGGUAACGACGAGAUGAUAAUGUUGGCUUGUGAUGGCUUCUGGAGUGUUUAUGACCCUCAUGAAGCUUGUCGUUUAGCUUUACGUUUUUUGCGACAGGACGAGUCACGUGCUCAGUCAGAUCCACAGUUACCUUUUGUAAACUUGCGCAAGAUUUGCAAGGAUUUGGUUGAAAAUGCACUGACUGUGAAACGAGCACAGGACAACAUAACAGUUAUGUUAAUCCGCUUCGUGCGGAGUUGAAUU